UUAGGCCAAAGUGAGAAUGUCAGGAUAAGCCAAUCAGAGGCAGAGUAUCUCGUGACAUGUUUUCCCCGUCCUUGGAAAAAAGUACUCCCCUACGAUAAAGAUGGCGGCGUCCUCCUCAGCAGGACGCGUUUUGACUCUUUGCAAGCAAUUUCAAAAUGUCUUUAGGAUAUCCUCAUCGAUAAAUACUCCGCACCCUUCUACCACUUUGAUCAAAUACCAGCCUCGUCUUUACAGGGAAAAGUCUCCACUCGCUGCCCUGUCUUGGUACAGUCCCGCCAGCUCUGUGAGACAGUGUCGAGCCCUGCACACGACCAUCAACAGGAGAGGGCUGGAAGAAUUCUUUGACCUCCCUGAAAACUGGGGAGAGACCAGUGUGAAGUCAGGUGCACCAUGGACUGCCAAACAACUGAGAACAAAGAGCAAUGAAGAUUUACACAAACUCUGGUAUGUGCUGUUGAAAGAAAAGAACUUGCUGCUCACACUUGAGCAGGAAGCAAGAAGGCAAAGGGUUCAGAUGCCAAGUCCAGAAAGAACAAGGAAGGUUGAGCGGUCGAUGAUCAGACUGGAGACGGUGGUGAAGGAGAGAGAGACUGCUCUGCGACUGCUGCAGACAGGACAGGAGAAAGCCAGACCAGGAGCUUGGAGGAGGAACAUAUUUGGAUAUGUCUACUGGUAUCGAUUCAAAGAAUAUGCUAUUCCUUGGCACAUGAACAGAAGAUACAAGAGGAAGAGGUUUUUCACACCCAAGUUUGUCCAAUCACACAUAAGACUGCGUAUAGAGAGGGAUCUUCGAGAGAAGGCCAGGAAAGUCACAUUAGAGAAGGCAACCCAGUCCAAAAUCAAGGAGAAGUUUCCUCAUGUGAAGGUUUCCGCAUCGUGAAAUUACGAGCGCACAUUUUGCAAUGAGUUUUUGACAGCUGUGAGCCCGACACGUGUCCAGAAACAAGGCCUUCUCUGUAUUUAUUUAUCUGGAGUCCGUGUGAAUACCCAAGUCUGAAUCGACUCAUGCCAAUAACUGAAGGUCUGACACUGUUGUCCUAUGUCGAGUAUGAGUGUAUUUGUCCAGCCUAUUAACUGGAGCCUAAGAUAAAUUAUGCUACAUCAUCCUGAAAUGUUUAUCAGUUUUCAUACCUUAUAUUAAAACACACCAUGUCAUCUUUUACUAGUCUGCAAGAUGAUUUCAAGAUUUUGAAUGUGUUGAUGUAACUUUAGUCAUUUGAUGCCAUUAUGGAAAUGUAAACCAGCUAUUUCAUGUCAUACCACCAUUAGCAAUUUUACAAGAAACCCUCAUUAAAAUCAAGUGAGCUAUUAUACUUUCAUCACACAUUUCAUUUAACAAAAACAGACUUUAUUUGUUUAAAAGACCAUAUUUAGCUAAUGACAAGCAAAGUGAAAAUUAAAUAGUUAUUUGAGUUGACACCAAAAAGAGGCGAGAAGUGACUGUCCUUUACCUCCGAUUAGCUUGCUUACUACAGAAAAAAAGAGGCUUAUGAACAGAAGACAUUCACCUUCAUACUAAGGUUGUUCCUCCAAAUGCACGUAACAGUCUGCAGAAACCUUGCAGAGCAAAUUUCCACACUGAUUAAAAACUAAGUGGGGGGAACAAGAUACAAUAGGUUCAAGAUCAGGCUUUUGUCAAUUCCAGAAAAACUUCUUGAAGAUGCAAGGUUUCCACAAAACUCCAACAACGUAAAGAUAAGGCAACAGACUGACUAGUGACAUUAACAAAGGAACUUUAACCCCUCUUCAUCGUAACAGUUUACUUUGUACGUGUGUCUUAUUUUCACAAAAUCGAGAAACUCAAACAUU